AUGACGAAACAAAAAACUUACCUGAACGGUUGUGUAGUAGCCUUCUCCGGUAGUUUCAAGGCGGGUACUCACACUCACCUCAGUGAACUGGUACGAGAAAACGGUGGAGAAGUAGUCGCUAGCGUGAACAAGACAACUACUCACCUGGUGGCUACCAAGGAUGACUUUAACAAACCUAGCUAUAAAGUAAAGAAUGCUCAGAAACACGGUGACGGAACGCAUAUAGUGACUUGGGACUGGGUGAGACAAUCUAUAGAAAGUAAAUCCAAACUUGCAGAAUCAGAAUAUUCUCCGGGUGAUGGUAACAGUAACGAUUCAACGGCGGCGGCAGCAGCAGAAAAUAAUACUUCAAACUCGACUGAUGUCGAAAUGAAGGACGCUGAAAAGAAUAAAACAGAAAUCACUAAAACUCAGAUGAAUGCAAAAGAAGCUGAACCAGAGCAGACUGUUCGUCAACUUCGUAAAAGAACACCUGUUUAUUAUGGCUCGAAAGCGAACAAAGCUGCUGCUGCUUCAGUCGCUGACAAUAACGGCACAACAAACAAAAAUGAUAACGAGGGUGGAACAGACAAAGAAUCUGAUGCGGAAAAAGUGGUAUCAAUUAAAAAACGUGGUCGCAAGGCCAAAACAAUCUCAAAUGAUAAUAAUAAUGUCACAGAGGUUAAUAAGACAGAUCAUUCAUCGGAUGAGAAAACAAGCAAAGGUGAUGAGAAAAUAACACGUAAACGUGGUCAAAAGGCCAAAAAGCCACCCAAUACCAAUAAUAAGGCUACUUCUGAAGCAAAAACCAACCAAGAACCAGAGCAUAAAACCGCGACAACAACUCGCAAACGUGCGCGAAAGGUUAAUAAUAAUUCAUCGGAUGAUAAUUAUCCCAUUGUGCAGAUUGAAUCAAUUGAUUCUUCCAAUGAAACGAAUAAUGCACGAGAUGACGCAAAAGAUGACGAUUCUAAUACCAAGAAGGCUAAAUCAACUACAAAGCGAAGACCAAAUGGCAAAAACUCUGUUCAUAAUAAAGAAACAGAAACUGAGUCUGAUGAAUUAUUAGAUGAAAUUGCAAACAAAGGAGACACGAAAGAUAAUUUAUCUAAAAAUGAUACUGAACCUCAACCUGUCAAGUCAGCUCCAAAACGAGAUCGAAAGCUUGUAAAUCCCCCAAAUGAUAAUAAAAAACUCGAUGAAGAAGUUACACCAGCCAGAAGAGGACGACGCAAUGUGGUCGCCACCUCUAGAUCUAAUAAAUAA